GUAUAAAUGGCAAAUACUUUGGAGGAACUCAUGACAGUAUUCAUACUUUCUUGACAUCAAAUUAGGUAUUGACUUUCAAUUAACUCAUUUAGCGGAUUCGUUCUUCAGGAAUAAUGGAAAAUAAUCAUGAGCUAACUCCUUUGGAAAAGCAUGUCAUGUUCUUUGAUAUCAAUAAUGAUGGAAUAAUUUACCCUUCAGAAUCAUACCAAGCUUUUAGAAAGAUGGGGCGUGGUAUUUUCCGGUCUAUGUUUGCUGCUGUCCUCGUUCAUAUUACUCUCAGUCACAAGACACGACCGGGAAAAUGCCCGUCUCUGUUCUUCCCCAUUGUGGUAAAAAAUAUCAAAUAUGCCAUACAUGGCAGCGAUUCUGGUGCCUAUGACUCUGAAGGGAGGUAAAUUUCUUGACUACCUUAUAACUAAAUUCUGGUUGCUAUAGGCGAAGUCACUAUACACAUAUGCAGAUCUCGGAUUUAAAUUUGAUGGUUUUAACUUUUAAAGUU